UUAGCUGGAACCAGCCAUUUCAUGGCUUCUUCCACACCGAAAAGAGCACCCAAGAAGGAAGCAACCAAUUACGCUCGACUGUGUCGUCUUUUAAUUGAUUUUGGCUGUCAGGCCCUGAGAGACACAUUUGAUAACAUACAUGCAUCAGCAAGACUUCAUGCAGUUUUGGCAGCAAAUAGGUCAACUUUACGAACACUGAGGAAGCAAAGAGUCCUCAAUGCAGUGCAAUGGAGCAAACUGUACCCUGCCAUAGCUACAUCAGCAUCAUUGGCAAACUUUGAUAUCACUCUUUUGAUAGUUCUCCUAAGGCAUAUCUGUGGGUUGGAACCUCCUACAACGACACAAUCAUGGGACAGAGCUCCCCCUACAACAGACAUGAGCCGUGAGGCUGAUAUAGUCCGUCUGAAAUGUUUCAGAAAUGACAUAUAUGGUCAUGCAGAGAAGGCUUCCAUUUCUGAUUUAGAGUUCAGUACUCUCUGGCAGAACAUCCAUGGCACUCUGGUAAGAUUAGGAGGACAAAGUUAUGAAAAAGAAAUUGACAGUCUUCAAGUUGAAUGCAUGGAGCCUGAAAUUGAGCAAUAUUAUACAGAGCUCCUUAAGGAAUGGAAAAAAGAUGAGGACAACAUUAAGUACAUGCUGAAUGAAGUUAAGAAUGAAGCUGGAAAUAUCAGCAGAAAGCUGGAUGAUUUUGCGACAACUAACACCUUUACACGAGGCACUUUAACCAUUGCAAUUGACGUAGACAGUGUUACCUUUAGAGAUGAACAAAAUGUUCAUCCAAGAGAACUGGAGGAAGUAAAGCAAAAACUGAUGUUUGAGAUGACCAAAACUUUCUUUGAGACAAGGGCAGAUGGAGUGCCAGUUGAGAAUAUACCUUGUCAACUUUGCAGUUACCUAGAAGGAAUUCUAAACUCACCAAUAGUGGCAGCCCGUGACGGUAGUUUACUAAUCACAGUUGGGUGUCGCACCCUUGAAAUUCUUGAACGCCUGUGGGAAGACUAUUGCUCUGAUCACCUUAAUGCAGUUGUUGAGGAAUGCCUUGUGACUGAUGACAUUCGAAGAAGAUUUGGCAUAGAGUUAGUCAAGUUGAAGACAACUGUUAUGGAAGAUGAUUAUUUGCAAUGUAAACUUUCUCUAAUGGAUAUAACAGGUGAGAAUAAUAAGGCACUAGAUACACUUCCUAAAUGAUGACAUGAUCAAGUAUAUAAAUAAU